AUGGAUACUUUGAACAUGAAGGAGACUGAGCUUUGUCUUGGUUUGCCUGGUGGCGGUGGCGGUGAGGUUGAAACUCCUAGAGCUGCUGGCAAGAGAGGUUUCUCUGAGACAGUUGAUUUGAUGCUGAAUAUUCAGACCAAGGAAGAUCUGAAUGAGAAUCUGAAGAAUGUUUCAAAGGAGAAGAGCUUGCUUAAGGACCCUGCUAAGCCACCAGCUAAGACUCAAGUAGUUGGUUGGCCACCAGUGAGAUCAUACAGGAAAAACAUGAUGGCACAGAAGGUUAACAAUUCUGAGGAGAAUGAGAAGACAACGAGUAGCACUACUGCUGGUGCAUUUGUUAAGGUUUCCAUGGAUGGAGCACCUUACCUUCGUAAGGUCGACUUAACAAUGUACAAAACCUACAAAGAUUUAUCUGAUGCCUUAGCCAAAAUGUUCAGCUCCUUCACCACUGGUAACUAUGGGGCCCAAGGAAUGAUAGACUUCAUGAAUGAAAGCAAGUUGAUGGAUCUUCUUAACAGCUCUGAGUAUGUGCCAACCUAUGAAGAUAAGGAUGGCGACUGGAUGCUCGUGGGAGAUGUCCCAUGGGAGAUGUUUGUUGAAUCAUGCAAGCGUCUUCGCAUAAUGAAAGGAUCAGAAGCUAUUGGGCUCGCACCAAGAGCAAUGGAGAAAUGCAAAAACAGAAGCUAA